AUGAGUGGGGGACCCUUGGUGAGACUUCCUAGCAGUGUACCACCAACAUCUAGUGGAAAGCCCACUAUAUGUACAGCUGCCAAAUCUAAAACAUCCAGUAGCGGGACUGUCUCCUCAAUCCCAAGCAUCUCGCUGCAACAGAACGCCUUGGCAAAUACAAAUCCUGGUUCUGCUAUCUCCCCGACCGCACCAGUUUCUACGUCCGUUAGAACCUUACUCACCAUUUCCAUGCUUACCUACAGUAGUCAAGCCGCCAGUUACACCAGCCUGCGUACUAUGCCCAGCAAUGCGGCCGGAACACCACCAGUCUAUACAGGUCCGCAUCUGGCCAAAGACUGGUCUAAUCUCUUCCCUUUCCCCAUUCCUACAGGCUACGUAGCUCCCAACAUUGUCUCUGCGGACCCCCAAAUUGGACAGUUGACUUACUUCAACCCUGGUCUAGGAGCAUGCGGAUCCUCCAGCAUGACGUCAAAUGAGCUCGCUGUCGCAAUAAGCUGGGAGCUGUUUGACAUGGGACGAGAGAUCGGAGGGUCAUCUUUGGAAGAGAGAUGGAAGUCAGAUGGGGUGAACCCGGAUGGGAAACUCGGGGAUUCUAUUGAUCGGAGCUCAAGUGCGCUGUGUAACCAAGGAAUCAGAGCAUGGAUAGGCGACGAGAGCGGAGAAAGGCUUGUGGAACAGGAAUUUGUGGUGAGAGAUCGUUGCGAAGGGUGUAACGUGUCGGAUCUGGAUAUUCAGCCGGAUAUAUAUUCUAAGCAUCGGGAUGGGCUGGGCAACGGAAGGAUUCAAGUUACGUGGGAGUGGGUGCAAGAAGCGCCUACUGGCGUGCCAGCCCAGAUCAGUGACUAUCUGUUAUCCCAGUAUAGGGUAUUCGGUACUGAUCGUGUUAUGUGUCGUACUUGUUUGCUUUGUUUCAACGAGUAA